AGCCAAUAGAAAGUAAAAAUAAAAAAAAAAAAGAAACGAAAAAUCCCACAGCAAGAAAGAAAGAAAGAAAAAGGGAGGAUGACAUCAAGAAAUUGGUAAAUCUUUAGCAUACAUGAGGCAAGAGUUCAUAGUAAUAUCAUGUGGGACUGGACUUCCUUUCUUUCCUUGCUUCUUAAUUUGAAGGGAGUGGAAUUUUCCUCCUCCGUCCUAUCGUAACAAUACUAAGAAAAAGAAAUGGUACCUAGCUACUCAAGUGUGUGGAUAAAUGAGUGAAUAAAGAUGAGCAUCUUUUUCUCUACCUUUUUAGCCCCAUCUCUCUUUGAUCUCUCACUCUCUCUCUCUCUCUCCCCCCACCCCCACCUCGCCCUCCAAAACACUGCCCACCUUCACUUCCGUUUUUUCCCUGUCAAGUUGGGAGGGAUAGGAAGAGUUAUUGAUUUGAGUCCGACAGCAGAGAAGUAAAGGGACUACUGAGUGAGUGAGAGAUAUAUACAUAUACAUAUACAUAUAUAUAUCAUCCCAUCUCAGCUGCUACAACAAUCUAUAGAGAGAUAUAUAAAGAUCGCCUAGGUAAGCUUGGUAUAGACUAUAGACAUAAAGCAGAUGAUGUUAAUGACGGAACACGUGCCAUACGAGAGUUUCGAACCACAGGGCCUUAUCUGAUCAGAAGACUAGCUUCAAGCCUUCCGAGUCUCCACCGUCAAUUUAAGAGCUUUUUAACCUCUUUCGGAACAGUAGUCCCAGCAGCUGGAGGACCAACCGAAUGGGUUGAAUACUAUGUCGACCAACUAGGUUGUUUAAGAGCUUCAUAUGACCAACAGUACUAGUUUGUAGGAACAGGAAAAAGAAGGUAAUUCAGCAAAAAAAGAUAAAAGAGAGUCCGAUCACGAUGGCGACGUACUUUCAUGGGAAUUCGGAAAUCCAAGGAGGCGGCGGGGAUCAUGGCUUGCAAACUCUGAUUCUCAUGAACCAUGCUGGCUACGUCGGUGGAUACUCUGACACACAUCAACCGCCGCCUCACGUCCAAGUCCAAGUCCAACCACCAAGCAACUUCGUUUUCCUCAACUCCUCCAACACUCCUGGACCUUCAGCAGCACCUGGAGCCAACUCUCUGAACGUUCCCCACGCGCCACCUCCUCCUUCCCCCACGCAACAGUUUGUCGGCAUCCCUCUCACCGCCACCGCAGCUACCUCAUCCCAUGACCACCAACCUCACGCUGCGUCUGUGCAAGACAUCUCAGCCCUUCACGCCUUCCUCCCUCGCCUCCAGUACAACCUGUACAGCCCAGCCAUGGACCUUGGGGCGGCGCGUGAAGUGUCACGCGCCCAGCAAGGACUCUCCUUGAGCCUCUCUUCUCAACAGCCUGCGUACGGGUCCUUUAGGCCUGAAGGUGAAAUCCCAUCACAGCCUCUGGUUACGGCCAUAUCUCCAACUGGCGGGGAUGACGUGAGGGUUUCUGGGGGAUCAUCCUCCUCGGCCUCGGGGAUUUCCAACGGAGUGAACGGCAUGCAAAGUGUGCUAUUGAGUUCUAAGUACUUGAAGGCAGCUCAAGAGCUCCUUGAUGAAGUUGUCAAUGUUGGCAAGGGAGUAAAAAGUGGUGCGGCAACUGCUAAAGGUGCUAAUGGGCAGGCCAAGGAGAUAGGAGAGUCAUCCGAGAUGACGGCCACUGCCGGAGAAGGUCAGAAUGGAAGAGAGAACAGUGCCAAGCGCAGUGCCGAGCUUACCACCGCCGAGAGACAGGAAAUACAGAUGAAGAAAGCAAAGCUGGUUAACAUGCUUGAUGAGGUAAGGCUAUUUUUCGGUCUGUUGAUGUUGUGCUCUAUGGUGUAGAGAAGCCAAGAUUUGAUUUUGAAAGCAUGCAAGCAUAGUACUAUAAACGAUAAACUGAAAGUGAUUUUCAACUUUGAAGCAACUACGUUAAGGCUUCAACUGUGGUUUAUUUUCUUUUGUUGUGAAAACGGCCCCAAGGGUACGGAAGGCUGAGUCAGGUCUCCAUCACUUUGAGUGGGAUAUCAGAUCUUUGCAGGAGUAGCUAUCAAAUAAUCAUGAUCUCAUGAAAAUUUCCCUUCAAUAAUUCCUUUCUCGAAAAUCUAACUGGAGUUCUCUACCUUACUUUUUAAAAUUUUUUUUUUUUUAACACUACUAUUACUCCGUACUACUGGUUGAAUUUUCCGUAUAAAAAA